CUUCUUUUCUCACCUUUUAUCUUCACAAAUGAAGGUCUUGUAGAAAUUUGCCUGAUGCAUCCACUUGAUGUUGUGAAAACCAGGUUCCAAAUUCAAAGAGGGAAAACUGAUCCAACAAAUUACAGGAGCUUGGGGGACUGUUUCAGGACCAUUUCCCGGACAGAAGGGUUAUUUGGUUUCUACAAAGGCAUACUUCCUCCUAUUUUGGCUGAAACACCAAAAAGGGCAGUGAAGUUUUUCACCUUCGAACAAUACAAGAAAUUACUAGGAUAUGCUACGCUCCCACCAGGACUGACAUUUGCAGUUGCUGGCUUGGGAUCUGGAUUAACAGAAGCGGUUGUGGUUAACCCUUUUGAAGUAGUAAAGGUUAGCUUGCAGGCCAAUCGGAAUGUUUUCACAGAGCAACCAUCUACCUUUUCACAAGCUCGGCAAAUUAUUAAAACUAAUGGUUUGGGAUUCCAAGGACUCAACCGAGGUCUCACUGCAACCCUGGGCCGUCAUGGAGUUUUUAAUAUGGUUUACUUUGGAUUCUACUUCAAUGUGAAAAACAUUAUUCCAGUCAAUAAGGACCCCCCUUUGGAGUUUUUGAGAAAAUUUGGAAUCGGGCUAGUUUCAGGAACAAUUGCCUCAAUUAUUAAUAUCCCUUUUGAUGUUGCAAAAAGUAGGAUUCAAGGGCCACAACCCAUUCCUGGAGAGACCAAGUACAGAACCUGUUUUAAAACUAUGGCAACAGUCUAUAAAGAAGAAGGAUUUCUGGCUUUGUACAAAGGGUUGGUUCCCAAGAUCAUGAGGCUUGGCCCAGGUGGUGCUGUGAUGCUCUUGGUUUAUGAGUAUGCUUAUGCAUGGCUUCAAGAAAACUGCCCCUUCGGUUUCCCUGAUGGAGUAAGAUAUUAAUCAACAUGAGAAAGAGCUGGCCCUAAGCAAACACAUAUGCAAAUGCUGUAUAUCCACACAAAGAAUAAUUACAAGGAAUGUCCUCAACUAAUGUAAACUGUCCCUAGCUCCUUGGAAGAAAAGACCAGCAACAGUUUACACCACCUGAGCAUCUGGCCACUUCAGUAUAAUUUAAAGGCAUAUUUGUGCCUCUUGGGAACCAUAGGAUAAGAGACUCAUUCUACCUGGAACAGCAUCUUACAUUUUAUGGAUCAGAAAAGAAAGUAAGUCAGACGUUCAAAAUGGUCACUGGUCAAACAGGGUUUUAGGACUUAAAAUC